AUGGAAAUAGCUGGGAAAAGGCUAGGGAAUGAUGCUGCGAGUUGGUGCUGCGAACCCAGGUGGUAUGCACUGAAGUAUAACGUGUUGCAGACCUGCAAUAGUGCGAAUCUCUACAACAGGGCAUGGCCAACUUCAGAAAUACAAACCCCUGCUUGGCAAGCAGCUCAAAGUCAACACUGCCUGGGUGAUCCAAAUGCCCGUGGUCAACAAAACGAAUCCCUUGCGUGGUUCUGGUCUGUCGAGGUCAACAUGCAGGGUCCGGAUCAAUCAUGGAAUGAGGAAUUUUACCAAGUUCACUGGCUCCGGGCAAAGGCACUAUGGGAUUGA